ACCACCGCCCCCACCCAAAAAGACCUCACCCCCCUCCCCCUCAUAAUCUGGCACGGCCUCGGCGACACCUACACCAACCCCUCCCUCACCGCUCUGACGGACGUCGUCAACCAAAUCCACGAAGGCACUUACACGCACCUCAUCCACCUAGGGGACGACGCCGCCACCGACCGCCGCAACACCUUCCUGGGGAACCUAACGACCCAAAUCGCCGACGUCUGCGCCCAGCUCGCCGCGGACCCGAUUCUGUCGACCGCCCCCGCCGUCAACGCCAUCGGCUUCUCCCAGGGCGGCCAGUUCCUGCGCGCCUACGUCGAGCGCUGCAACAGCCCGCCCGUCCGCACCCUCAUCACCUUCGGGAGCCAGCAUAACGGGAUCACCAAGUUUCAGGCGUGUCGGUGGGGGGAUCUGGUGUGUUUGGGCGCGGAGGCGUUGCUGCAUGCUGGGCGGUGGAGUGGGGUUGUGCAGGGGGGUUUCGUGCCGGGGCAGUAUUUUCGGCCGCAGGGAGGGAUGGAGCUCUACCUCCAGCACAGCAAUUUUCUGGCGGAUGUGAACAAUGAGCGGGAGGUCAAGAAUGAGACGUAUAAGGAGAAUUUGAGCACGCUAGAAAAGUUUGUUAUGCUUAUGUUUGAGGAGGAUACGGUGGUGCACCCGAAGGAGUCGGCGUGGUUUGCCGAGGUUGAUGCUGAUGGGGUGGUUAUUGGGUUGAGGGAUAGGCAGAUCUACAAGGAGGAUUGGAUUGGGUUGCGGGAGUUGGAUGAGAAGGACGCGUUGGUGUUUCGGACUGUGCCUGGGAGGCAUAUGGAGAUUGGGGAGGAGGUGUUUGAGGAGGUGGUCAGGGAGUUCUUGGGGCCG